UAAUAAUUGUCUAUGGCAUACAGCUAGUUGAGUUACACAAACACGUAUACAGUUUUCAGUUUUACCUCGACCUCUUAUAUUAUGUAGACGUCUGCGUCGUCGUGGCUGUUCCAGUGAACAUACAUAGUGCUUCGAAAAACCGUUCAUUUAUGGAAGGCAUAAUUGUUGUCCACGGAGUACUUUAAAAUUGGCGAAAUGUGUGUACAACUGUGUAAUGCUACAGUGAGCAAUGGUGUAAUUAUAUCAAAUUACAAUAUGAUGAUGUUGAACGAGACAGGCAAUUAAAUAUAUCAGCUGGCCACUUGUUAUCGCCAACACAAUGGAUCCAUCAAUGUUUUUGCAAUAUUCACCGCCCACGGGGCUACCCCAGGAAUCGAAGUUGGCUACCUAUAUGAGCCGUUCCACAUCAACACCAACCAGGUCACUGAACCAGGCUAUGAGUAAUCUCAGUAUGGAGUCAUCACCGACUGCUAUUAAAAAAACGAUAAUCACACACCCACCACCGAUGCCCCAGCCGAUGCCACAGCCACCGCCAAUGAUGACGCAUUUGCCUCAUCCCCAGUUCUCUCCCGGGACGCCGCUGCAGGCGAUUCUCGCGCAUGCACCACCCCCGCAGAUGCUGAUCGGCGAGUUCGUGCCGAUCAAUUACUUCAACCCACCACCGAUGCCCUUGCCUCCGGAGUCUCCGCAGAGCUCCCCGCCGAACCCGAUGGUCAUGCCGCCCGUCAACACGCAAGUGCACCAGGAGAAUGUCGGUGGAACCACUUACUUCUAUUCCACGAACCCCGACAGCAUGAACGCUUCGGGACUCAACGCGCCCCCUCUCAAUCCACCCGGUGGCAUGGUGCCGGAGGGGUGCAUCGGGGUGCCGUCGGCCUACGCGUCCCAGAUGUACGCAGGCGUUCCUGCGCACAUGCCUCCGAUGCCCGCGCAAAACAAGCCAGGUCUUGCCGCUACAUUCUACACGCCCGAGACCAUCCGGUCGGAAAUCUAUCAAAGGAAUGAAGACGUGUUCCUGCAGCCGGACAUACAGCUGCCCGAGACGGUAGAGAUGUACGCGGAGCUGACCCCGCUGGAGGGGAGCAACGCGCACUCGCUGGCCACGUCCUACCGCGCCACGCACCGCGUGAGCGGCGAGCACUACGCGCUGCGGCGCCUGCACGCGUGCGUCGCGCCGCCCGCGCUGCUCAACCGCAUCGAGGCGUGGAGGAAUGUCGACCAUCCCAACGUGGUCAGGCUGCACCACUGCUUCACGACCAAGGACUUCGGGGACCACUCCGUGGUGCUCGUGUACGACUAUCACCCCGCGUGCAUGACUCUGAUGACCAAGUACUUGGCGACCGGAGCGCCCGGUGGAGUGACUGAUGGCAACGGAGCCUUCCACGACCCGUUCUCUUCAGACCCGGACGCACCAAGGCCGUACACGCACCAGAAGAAUGCGAUGCUUCGCGCCGUGGCGUGCGGCGCUCUGCUGCCCGAGGCGGUGCUGUGGAGCCUGCUGGUGCAGCUCACCGCCGGCCUGCGGGCGAUACACACGGCCGGCCUGGCUUGCAGGAGCCUCGACGCCACUAAGGUGGUGAUGAACGGUUGUCGCAUCCGCAUCGCCUGGGGCGGGAUAGCCGACGUGAUCCACAAUAGCAACGUUGACAUCACUCAGGCUCAGCAAGAAGACAUGACUGCCCUCGGCCGGCUCGCCCUGGGGAUGGCGUGCCGCACCGUGCACUGCGACAAUCUGAACGCCUGCAUGGAUCUGGUGGCGCGCUCCUACUCUGCGGAUCUGAAGAACCUGAUAUUAUACCUGCUGUCGGCCACGACGCGACGCUCUGUCACGGAUCUGAUGCCGAUGAUAGGUGCGCGAUUUUAUACGCAGGUGGAGGCCCUCGAGAGGCGCGCAGACGCUUUCGAGGAGCAAUUGGCCCGCGAGAUCGACAAUGGUCGCCUUUUGCGCAUCCUUAUCAAGAUGGGCGUGGUCAACGAGCGGCCCGACAGGCUGAACUUGGACGCGAGCUGGUCGGAGACAGGGGACCGGUACAUGCUGAAACUUUUCCGGGACUACUUGUUCCAUUCAGUGACGGCGGAUGGUCGCCCUUGGCUCGACCAGGCCCAUCUCGCCAGCGCCCUCAACAGCCUCGAUGGGGGCUCGCUCGCCAAGGUCGAGCUCAUGUCCCGCGACGAGCAGAGCGUUCUAGUAGUCUCCUAUUCGGAGCUGAAGCACUGCCUCGAAGCCGCUUUCGAGGAGGUGAUGCAAGCGGCUGGAGCAGCUCCCUAGCCCACGGCCACCGGCUUGUUGCCGGCCUAGCUUUUUUACCCAGCCCCGUACAGAGUGCAAUGCUGUUGUCUAUGCAUGUGCUUAACGGGGUAAACUGGGCACCACCCGACUACGACGAAAGCCCCUUCCUGCCGCCCAUAGACGAGCUC